CACACUAAUAAUCACCACACAGGUCACUCUCUUGUCCCUAAAACUCUCUCUCAUCUUCUCUCUCCCACACUGGCUAUUAGGUAGGUAAUUGGUAUCCGCCAUUUCUUUGUUCACGUGCUCCGGUCAAACUCUCAUGCUUCAAACUUCACCAUUCAACUCUCACUCUCACUCUCACUCUCACUCUCACUCUCACUCUCACUGCACACCAUGUCCCAAAACCACUUCACCAAUGGAGACUCCGAAUCUCUCAUUCGUCGACCUUUGUUAUCUUCCCAAAGAUCCAUCAUCAACUCCUCCUCCCAGGUCGCCAUCGUCGGCUCCAAUGUCAGCCCAAUUGAGAGCCUCGACUACGAGGUUUGCGAGAACGAGUUCGUGAAGCAUGAUUGGAGGAGAAGUGGGAAGGCGCAAAUAUUUCAGUUCAUUUUCAUGAAGUGGCUCUUGUGCUUUCUCAUUGGCAUGAUCGUUUGCCUUGUUGGGUUUUGCAACAAUCUCGCCGUGGAGAAUCUCGCCGGCAUCAAGUUCGUGGUCACUUCCAAUAUGAUGUUGGAGAGUAGGUUUCUGUGGGCCUUUUUAGUAUUUUUUGUUUCAAAUUUAGUUCUCACGCUUUUUGCUGCCACAAUCACGGCUUUGAUAGCACCUACUGCCACCGGUUCGGGUAUACCUGAGGUGAAGGCUUACCUAAAUGGUGUGGACGCGCCUGGAAUAUUUACUAUACGAACUCUGAUUGUUAAGAUUAUUGGAAGCAUUACAGCGGUGUCAUCAUCACUUCUUAUCGGGAAGGCAGGGCCUAUGGUGCAUACGGGUGCAUGCGUGGCAGCAUUGUUAGGUCAGGGUGGAUCAAAGAGAUAUGGGUUAACCUGGAAAUGGUUUCAGUUUUUUAAGAAUGACCGAGACCGGAGAGAUCUAAUAAUAUGUGGAUCAGCAGCUGGAAUUGCGGCUGCCUUUCGUGCCCCUGUUGGUGGUGUGUUAUUUGCUCUUGAAGGGAUGACAUCUUGGUGGAGAAGUGCCCUUCUGUGGAGAGCUUUCUUCACAGCAGCAAUAGUUGCAAUUUUGCUUCGUGCCAUGAUUGACUUAUGUUUAAGUGGUAGAUGUGGGUUAUUUGGUAAAGGGGGACUAAUAAUGUUUGAUGCUUAUUCAGCAAGUGUUUCGUAUCAUUUGGUGGACAUUCCUCCUGUCUUUAUUCUCGGUGUUAUAGGUGGGAUACUUGGAAGCUUAUUUAAUUUGAUAUUGAGCAAAGUUCUUCGCAUAUACAAUUUUAUCAACGAGAAAGGCACCAUUUUCAAAAUUUUGCUUGCCUGUGUUAUUUCCAUUUUUACAUCCUGUCUUCUUUUUGGAUUGCCAUGGUUGACAUCUUGCCGACCAUGUCCACCUGAUCCAACUGAGCCUUGUCCUACAAUAGGUCGGUCUGGUAUCUACAAGAAAUUCCAGUGCCCUCCCAAUCACUACAAUGAUCUUGCCAGCCUCAUUUUCAAUACAAAUGAUGAUGCUAUCAGAAAUCUAUUUAGCAAGAAUACUGAUGAUGAGUUUGAGGUUAAAUCAGUGCUCAUCUUUUUCAUCAUGUGCUUUUUUUUAAGUAUAUUUAGCUAUGGAGUUGUUGCACCAGCUGGUCUUUUUGUGCCAGUUAUUGUGACUGGUGCAUCUUAUGGGCGCAUUGUUGGAAUGUUGCUUGGCAAAAAUUCCAAUCUUAACCAUGGUCUUUAUGCUGUACUUGGUGCUGCUUCUUUUCUCGGUGGAUCCAUGAGGACAACGGUUUCUCUAUGUGUAAUUAUUCUAGAACUGACCAAUAACCUGUUAUUGCUACCCUUAAUCAUGAUGGUGCUGUUCAUAUCUAAGACUGUAGCAGACGCUUUCAAUGCAAAUAUAUAUGACAUUAUAAUGAAAGCCAAGGGUUUGCCUUAUUUAGGAACUCAUGCUGAACUAUAUACAAGGCAGCUAACAGUAGGCGAUGUAGUCACAGGCCCCCUUCAGACGUUUAAUGGCAUUGAGAAGGUUCGUAACAUAGUGUUUAUUCUCAAAACUACUGGACAUAACGGGUUUCCUGUUAUAGAUGAGCCUCCUAUUUCGGAAGCUCCAGUUUUAUUUGGCAUAAUCCUACGUGACCAUCUUCUCACAUUGUUGAAGAAGAAAGCUUUUUUGUCCUUACCUGUUGCAUCAAGUAAUGAAGUCUUCAACAAGUUUUCAGCUGAUGAUUUUGCAAAGAAGGGUUCAAGCAGAGUUACUCUAAAGAUAGAGGAUAUUCUGUUAUCGGAGGAAGAGUUGGACAUGUUCAUAGAUUUACAUCCAUUUGCUAAUGCUUCUCCUUAUACUGUUGUGGAGACAAUGUCACUGGGAAAGGCCCUUGCUCUUUUUCGAGGGCUUGGUUUAAGGCAUCUGCUAGUGGUACCCAAGUUCUCCGGUAGAUCACCUGUGGUGGGUAUACUCACGCGGCACGAUUUCAUGCCAGAACAUAUAUUGGGUUUGCAUCCGUUUUUGGCAAGAAACAGGGGGAAAAGAUUAAGAUUUUUUAGCACCCUUGCGUAGGGAAAAAAAAUUUGGCCUACAUAUUCUUGCAAUAAUCUUUUAGGGCAUCUGACCAAGGCUAGCCAGCUUAAUGAUUCUUGUGUUGCAGAAGGAUUUCUUAUUCACGAGACUAGAAUGAUAGUGAUAGUUUUUUUAUUUUUAUGCAUGGAAUCCGGAGCUGAGUCAUAUUACUUUAAUCAAAGUAUGAUUCUAUGAGCCCUUCUUCAAUUAUUGUUCCACUUUGUACAUAAAAUGCUUGCCAUAGGAUAUAAACACAAUUUUGUUCUUUGACAAUAACAUGAGGCAAAGGAUGGCCUCUCAUCAACAAGAUUGAAUUUUACUUUAACUGCAUUAUACAUUCUGUCAUGAUAAAUGAUCAGUGGUUAGCCGAGGGUGCUUCGCUUCUCAA